GCUCCGCUGUCGCCGCCGCCGCCUUGUGGGAGCGAGCCAGACUUUGUUUACGCUCGGCCUUCAUGUCCUUCAUGUCCUGCACAGAAGCCGAUCGAACGCCGUCCUCUGGUAUCCUUGGCGCACGGGAGGAGCAGCGAGGGUAAUGAGGGCUGUGGGCAGGGCGGCGGGGCGUGCGGGAGCCCUGCAGGAGGGCCUCGGGGGCGAAGAGUGCAGGAGAAAGGGCCGGUCCGGGGCUGAGAUGAGUAGCAUGGACGGCCUGGAGCCUCAGAGCCCCAGCCAGGAAUGGGAUGACCCCAUGUCUCCGCCCCCACACGACCCAGGCACUCCACGCUCAGCCAGCUCACACGGUUCCCCCAGCCAAGACAACCCCUCCAGCCCCCCCAACCCAGGGAGUCUGCAGGGUCCCACAAGCCCUGAUGGGCCUAUGAGCCCUGAUGAGGAGCAGGAGGAGGAGGGCCCCAUGAGUCCAGAUGGUCCUGCCAGCCCUGAUGGCCCAGCCAGUCAUGAGGGCCCCAUGAGCCCAGACAACCUUGCUGGCCCCAUGAGCCCAGACAACCUUGCUGGCCCCAUGAGCCCUGAGAAUACCACAGGCCCCAUGAGCCCUGAGAAUACCACUGGCCCCAUGAGUCCCGAGAAUGCCACAGGCCCCAUGAGUCCCGAGAACCCUGCCAGCCCAGAGGGUCCCAUGAGUCCAGAUAAUCCCGCAAGUCCAGAAGGCUCAGACUACCCAAUGAGUCCAAGCAAUUCACGGGACUUGAGUCCAAAGCGCCCACACAGCCCUGAGGGUCCAGCCAGCCCAGAUGACCCUGCCAGCCCAGACCCCCAGGAGAGCUCUCGUGAGGGAGGCCCCCGAACCCCCCAGAGUCCAGGCAGCCCGCAGGGCCCCAGAAGUCCCGGUGACCAGUCCAGCCUGGAGAGCCCUGACAGCCCAGAUAACUUUGCCAGUUCGCCCGUCCCAUCCAACCCCAAGUCGCCUCCUGAGGCGGGCGAGGAUGAUGAUGACGAUGAGGAAGGCCAGGCAGACAGACUUUCAGAAAUCUCGGAAGGAGAUUCUGCGCUGAAUGGAGAAGAGGAGGAUGGCAGUGAUGUUGAAAGUGCCCCAGCAAGAGAUGAUAGGCACAGUGAGGGACAGAACCUCAACAACAGCGAGAGGGACCUGGAUGAAGGCGGAAGAGCCUCCAAGCGACGCAGUGAUGAGGGUCUCGGUCUCAAGGACGAGUUGGAUUUUGAGGCCGAGAGGGAGAGUGGAGAAGAGGACGGGGAGGAGGGAGAAGAAGGAGAAGAUGGAGAGAAAAGGAAGAAAAAAUGCGACCCUGAAAACCGUGAAGAAGGAGAGCUGUCAGAUGAAGAUGAAGACGAUUCUCUCUUGCGGCAAGAACCCAAGACUGUCUGCAGGUUCUUCAACAAGGGCCAGUGCACAUGGGGCACUAACUGCCGCUUCCUCCACCCAGGCGUAUCAGACAAGGGCAACUAUAACAUGUUUGCACCAGCCAAGCCACAGAACUCCAACGACAAAGAAGAGGACAGUUCCGAGAGAGAGCGGCCUCGAGAAAUCAGGAGAUUUAUUCCUGAGCCUUCGCCAUUUGAGUCGGCUUGGGAACGGGGACUGCGCUAUGCCAAAGAGAUGAUGAAACGGGCCAAUAAGCGCAAGGAGACUGACGCAGACUUUGAGGAGAAGCGCUUCAACCUGAGCUUGGGUCAGGCAGAACUCGAUCGGGAGAAUGACUACUACACCCGACCUGCAUCACCUGUCUACAAGCCAGACGAGGUCAUCGACCAAUACCUUGACCCCUUUGAGAAGCAGGCCAUACGCCACUUUAGAGGAGGUCACUUUGAGAACUUUGAGGUUCGAUACCAUGUGGACCCCAGCUACAACAACAUGAGGGGCCAUGAGAGGUCACGCAGGGAGAAGUAUGAACGAGAAGUGUCUGAGAGAGUUCAUCGCAGACCCAGAACAGCUUCAGGAGGAGAUGAAAGGUAUGUCCGAAGUAGAGUGUGGCAGGAUGAUCGCUACAUGGAGGUGAUGUCAUCAGGAGGGGGCACACGAGGAGAGGCUGAGGCAUGGGCUGACCCUUGGGCCAGGCGCAAGACUCCCCCUCGUUCUUCAAGAAAAAAGAAAACCUCACGUACCAGAAGCUAUUCGUCAGGCUCAUCUUCACAUUCCUCAUCAAGGAGUUCCCGAUCCUCAUCAUACAGUAGUCGCAGAAGCAGCAGAAGUGGAAGCAAAAGCAGUCGCACAAGUCUGCCCAGCAGGAGCAGCAGAUCACGUUCCUCUUCACACUCUCCGUCUCCAGGUCGGCGGCGGGGCAACCAUAGGCUGGCUCCAGGCUCCAGGGCUAGUGAUAAGUCCGGCAUGAGACAGCUCCCAGUGGGAGGGAGAGGGGGAGGGAGACCCCCCAUGGGGCCCACUGGACCCCACAACAGACCACCUUCUCCCCGAAGAGCAGAACCCAGGGAUCCCAGGCCACCCAUACCCAGGAGACCCAAAGAAAGGCCUGACGUGGCAGACAGGGCGCUUGCACCACGCAGACCUGAGCCCAGACCUAACAAGACGGACCCCAAAGAGAG